UCUGUGGAACUGUCAGUAUAUCUGUCAAAACUAAAAAAACGAAAUGUCACAUUUACAAGGAGGUCGAGUAAAUGUUGGAUUAUUACAACAACAAGCCAGAAAAGAACUGCUACGUCUCUUAGAAAAAUGUGAGGGCCCAAAAGCAAUCGUUUGGGAUGAAUCAUUAGCAGGACCAGUUGGACUAACUGCUAAAUAUUCAUUACUAAAAGAACACAAUGCUGGUGUUAUGUUUCCAUUGCGAGCUGGUGCAUUGCCUCCAACCACCGCUAAACAUGUUAUUUUUAUAACUAGACCAAAACUCCAAUUAAUGGAUUUGAUUAGUGAAAAUAUACAAUCAGAAAAACGAAAUAUUACACGUCAGGGCCGGGAGUAUCAUUUGAUUUUUGUACCCAGUUUUAGUUCGGUAUGUGAAAAACAUUUACAGCAUCGUGGAGUAUUUGGUAGUUUUGCAAGUAUUGAUAACUAUCCAUGUUUCUUAUUUCCAAUGGAUAGUGAUGUUAUUUCGAUGGAACUUAGUGGAUCUUUCAAAGAUUAUCAGUUAGACCGUGAUCCUACAUGCUUAUUCCAAGCUGCCCAAGCGUUAAUGGCGUUACAACGUUUAUAUGGUCCAAUUGGAUACAUUUGGGGUGUUGGUCACGCCGCAGACACGGUCUGGUCUUUAACGAAACGUCUAAGUUUAGAAUCCAAUGAAAUGCGAAAUAUUGGAAGUUCAAGUAUCGAUCAAUUGAUAUUAAUCGAUCGUGCAAUUGAUUUAGUCUCCCCAUUAGCCACCCAAUUAACCUAUGAAGGUUUAAUUGAUGAAAUAUUUUCAAUCAAUAACACAACAGCACAAUUUCCUAUCGAUAAAUUUGUAUCGGAUGAAAAUUCACCACCUCCGACUGGACCAAAACAAAUUAUCUUGAAUUCAGCGGAUGAAUUAUAUGCUGAUUUAAGGGAUAAAAACUUUAAUGCAGUUGGACCGGCGUUAAAAAAACAAGCUAAAUUAAUUAGUAGUCAAUUUGAAGAACGACAUGGUGAGAAAACUGUUCAAGAAAUUAAACAGUUUGUUGCGAAGUUACCGAAUAUGCUGGCGAGUAAACAAGCUUUGGCCACACAUACAGCGAUUGCUGAAUGUAUUAAAGAAGUUACAGAUACAAGCGAUUUCUUGGAUACAAUUCACACGGAACAAGAAUUUAUGAAUUGCAUGGAUACCGACAAAAUAUGUCCAUUUAUUGAAGAAUUAAUCGCAAAUAAAGCUCCAUUAGUCAAAGUUUUACGUUUAAUUUGCUUACAAUGUGCCACCGGUUCUGGAUUAAAAUAUAAAGUUAUGGAAUAUUACAAACGUGAACUAGUCCAAGUUUAUGGAAUCCAAACACUCCUAACCAUCAAUAAUUUAGAAAAAGCAGGAUUGUUAUAUGUUCAAAGUACAAGUCGUUCAUAUACAUCUUUACGAAAAUCGCUACAUUUAACAAUGGAAGAUACUUCCGAAGUGGAUCCAACUGAUAUUAGCUACGUGCAUAGUAUUUAUGCACCACUUAGUGUGCGUAUUGUGGAGAAUAUAUUUAAACCACGUGGUUUAAAGCAUUUACAAGAUUUUCUAGGAUUAUUACCGGGUCCAUCUUUUGAAGAUACUCAACCGACAGCUUAUUUUGGUGGUCAUGUACGGAGGAAUUCGAUGUCAAGUGAAAUUUCACAAUAUGAUACACCAAAAAUGGUUUUGAUAUUUUAUAUCGGAGGAUGUACAUUUGCCGAGAUUUCAGCAUUGCGAUUCUUAACGCAACAAGAUGAUACAAAUUAUGAAUUUUUAAUUGCAACUACAAAAUUAAUUAAUGGAAAUUCAUUUAUUAACUCAUUCCAAUACAACAUUCCUGCCGCUGCCACAUCAUAG